AUGGUCUACGUACCAUGGCAAGACUUGGGCAUCUGCAAAUUCUACGCGAUGCACAAGACGACAUGCGACUUCGUCGAGUCCUGCAAAUGGGCGCAUCCACGCGAGGAAGAGCUCAAACGAGUGUGGGAUCAUUAUGCCGGCCUCGAGUUCGCAUCGAAUGGUGCACGACCUCCACCUCCUCCGCCACCUCCGCCUGUUGAUGCGCCAGGAUUCUGGCCGAAGCCGCUGCCUGCUGUCACUAGAUACGAUUUACCACCAAGGCCGCCGCCACGGCCGCAUCUUCAGGACGACUUGCCAGCACGGCCUGCACGUACGUCGCCGAUGAUGCACCCUGACCGCGCGCAUCUCAAUCAGAUGGAUGGUGCGAAUGAGGAACUGCCACCGAGGCCGAGAAUGACUUUGACGCCGGCGUCAUCGUAUCGUAGGGAGAUCAGUGAUGAGGUGCAGCCGAGUCGAUAUGGGAUGAUGCGGAUGGAAGGAGCGCAUGAUGGAGUGUCGCCGAGACCGGAUGGGCCGCCACCUAUUAUGCGUGAACACUCGAGGCACUCGUUCGAGCAGAAUGAUCACAUCGCUAGCACCAGGCCGAAUUCCAGUGGUAGAGCCACUCACUGGAACAUGGAGAGGCCUCCAUACGGUCCUCAUGGCUUCCCACCUGAUCCCGAAGCGCUUCACCAGCGCGAACAAUGGCCAGGCGAAUCCGUUUGGCACAGCCAUGAAGACCUCGACCACCACCAUGAACGCUUUCGCCGUGAACAAGCACACACAGAGUAUGGCUUCGACCCUCUACGCUCCCGUAACCCUUUCAUCAACGGCUCGCGGGCAUACACGUUCGUCUGGGGAGAUCCACUCUGUGUCCGCUGCGGCAUGAUGGGACAUCUACCACGUCAGUGCAAGGAAGAGGAGCUGAGCCACAUGGAGCAAGACCUCUUGUACAAGAUUGUGAAGAGGGAGCAGGGCAGGAGUAAGGACGAGCUGGACAGGAAGACUAGGCAGCCUACCGCCAGUGUUGGGAGCAUUAGAGGCACGCCGAUGCCUGGCGAGCGAGGAAGUCGUGAUGCAUCAAUGUUUGAUGCGCGGCCGUCGCCGAGGGAUGUUGGUACAGGAGCGCGUCCAGCAUAUGGCCGACGAUCGGAGUACCGGAAGCAGUUCAAGAUGAAGCAGCAGGAGCAGCGUCAGCCGUCACCUCAAGUCGAUGCAGCGAUGCCGCAGCAGGAGGGCACACAUGACCGGCACGAGAUGACCAGAAGACGUUUGAAGCAGAAACACGAUGCUGUUGCACAGCGAUCGGAUGGUGAAGUGGAAGUGGAAGUGGAAGCUGAAGAUCCAACACCGGGGGCUCCUCGGACUUUCACGUCAAGCGGACGCAAGCCCGAACGCGAGCUUGAGAGCGCAGCGACAGCGACCGCUUCGACGACACCACGGCAUCUCACGACACGAUCGAUCGAGGCAUUUGUGCCAUUCGGCUCGAAAGCGACGCCUACCAUGGGCGCGACCAAGCGAAUGUCGAACGGCGAAGCGAAAGUGACCGGGCCGCAUCCUUCAACAAUUCGAGUAUCGGCGCCGUACAUCACGCAGAGUGCCGUGGAGAAGAGGCUGCAGCCUGCGGGACUCGAUGCGCAAGAGAGGAGUAUACAAGAGGCGAGGGAGGAUAGUGUCAGGCUGCAGGGUGUGACUUGGUUGGACCAGGUUCGCAGAGCCCUACAACUACCCGUCAAGACUUUCACAACGGCUUGUGUGUACUACCACAAGUUCCGGCUGGCACAUCAUACACUGGAGUAUGCAUGGGCAGACGCUGCAGCGGCAAGUCUGCUGACCAGCUGCAAGAACGAGGACACCCUCAAGAAGAGCAGAGACAUCCUUGCUGCCGCGUACAAUCUUAAGCAGACUUCUGGGCAUGAGCAGGUGGGAGCGGACGAUGCCAUCUUUGAAGGUCCCAGUAGGGUCGUGAUCGGUCUGGAGCGCCUGGUGUUGGAGAGCGGUGGAUUCGACUUCAGGAGCCGGUCGCCGCAUCACACUCUGGUCAAAGUCAGCAAGAGCCUGCCACAGAGCGAGGAUCUGAAGGCCACGUCGCAGCUGGCAUGGACCAUUCUUACCGAUUUGCACCGAACCUUUGCAGUCCUGAAGCAGACCAGUGCCACUCUCGCCUUGGCCAGCCUGGAGUUGGCCGCGCACUUCCUCGCUACCACAUCUGACAACAACACGUGCCCUGUGCGGGAUGACCUCCAGCUGCUCAACCUCGACAAGUGGCACACUACCCGCGAAGAAGUCAUGGAGACGCUUCUCGACGCGCUGGAUCUGUAUACCCACCACACAACUUCGACCAUCUUGGGGACUAGGUAUUCCCUCGACGAGUUCCUUCGCAUCCGUCUUGCCCUUAACAAGGAGUGCUCGGAGUCCAGUCUGCCUCGAUUCACAGUCGUACAGCCUCCCCCAUCACCUGACAACGUCAACGGCACCAGCAGUAGCACUCUCCGCGUCAGCAACGGACACCCGACCCCUGUGUCACCACCACAAGGCGGCACACAGGCACCGCAGCCCACGAACGGCAAUGGGCCAAAUCUACCACCAACACCAGAAGGUGGAGGCACCUUACGCUUCAUGCUUGAUCCAGUAAGAGCGACCGACGAAAGAACACAAGUCAACAGCUACUACACGGAAGAGUGGGAGGAAUACGAAGAAGAGAUUGAAGUGCCCUUGCCACGAGCUCGUUCACGAUCGCGCGAUAGGGAACGCCGGCGGGACAAUCCAGACCGCCCAGAGCGAGAUCGGGUCGGAGGGCGGCCGCCACGAGACUACGACGAUCGACGCGGUACGCGAGACAGUCCGCGAGCGCCCGCAAUUGAUCGAGCUAUCGAGCGAGACCGCGAGCGCACGAGAACGAGUGAUCGAGAUAGGGAUCGAGGAGAUAGGAGGUAUGAUGAUAGGGAUAGGGAUUCUCGGCGGUUUGACGAUCGGAGGGAUAGGGACCGGUAUCGUGACAGGCGCGAUUAUGAUGAUCGGAGCCGUCGAGAUGAUAGAAGGUGA